AUGCGAUUCUGUCUCCAGAACCCACAGGAGGAGCUGCUGGCGGCUGUGCGGGGCGGAGUGCUAGUCUCCCACAGCCUCAGAUCUCAGGCUGCGGGAGACCUUGGGCGGCGGGAGUGCGGAUUUGAGCUCCGCGGCUGCGUGGCCCGGGCUGGCCCCGCCCCUCUGCCCCUCCCCCUCCCGGCCUCCCGCCUCCCCCUCCCCCUCCGCUCGGGCUCCAUUCACAAACCCGGCCCCGCCCGCCCGCGCCCCGCGGAGCGCGGCUCUAGUUGGGUGGACGCGGGUGUUCUUAAAGGCGCAGGAGCCUUGUCCGUGAGCGGGUGCGGAGAGGGGUUCCGAGCGCUCAGGGUCACCGGGCAGCGGCGGCCUCCAGGCCUGGGAAUCAAAAAAGCCAAGUUUGAUGGUGCCCAGGAGAAGUUCAACACAUACGUGACCCUGAAGGUGCAGAACGUGAAGAGCACAACCAUCGCCGUCAGAGGCAGCCAGCCCAGCUGGGAGCAGGACUUCAUGUUCGAGAUCAACCGCCUGGACCUGGGCCUGACGGUGGAGGUGUGGAACAAGGGCCUCAUCUGGGACACGAUGGUGGGCACCGUGUGGAUCCCGCUGCGGACCAUCCGCCAGUCCAAUGAGGAGGGCCCAGGAGAGUGGCUGACACUGGACUCCCAGGCCAUCAUGGCGGACAGCGAGAUCUGUGGCACCAAGGACCCCACUUUCCACCGCAUCCUUCUGGACGCACAUUUUGAGCUGCCCUUGGACAUCCCUGAGGAGGAGGCUCGGUACUGGGCCAAGAAGCUGGAGCAGCUGAACGCCAUGCGUGACCAGGACGAGUACUCCUUCCAGGACCAGCCGGACAAGCCGUUGCCCGUGCCCAGCAGCCAGUGUUGUAACUGGAAUUACUUCGGCUGGGGGGAACAGAACGACGACCCCGACAGUGCCGUGGAUGACCGCGACAGUGACUACCGGAGUGAGACAAGCAACAGCAUCCCGCCGCCCUACUACACCACCUCGCAGCCCAACGCCUCUGUGCACCAGUACUCCGUGCGGCCACCGCCCCUGGGGUCCCGGGAGUCCUACAGCGACUCCAUGCACAGUUACGAGGAGUUCUCCGAGCCGCGGGCACUCAGCCCCACAGGCAGCAGCCACUACGCGUCCUCCGGGGAGCUGAGCCAGGGCAGUUCACAGCUGAGCGAGGACUUCGACCCCGAUGACCACAGCCUGCAGGGCUCGGAGCUGGAUGACGAAAGGGACCGCGACUCCUACCAUUCCUGCCACAGCUCUGUGAGCUACCACAAGGACUCACCCCGCUGGGACCAGGAGGAGGAGGAUCUGGAAGAUGAGGAGCUGCCGGAAGAGGAGGAGGAGCUGGAGGAGGAGGAGGAGGAGCUAGAGGAGGAGGAGGAGCUGGAGGAGGAGGACUUGGAGGAGGAGGAGGAGGUGCCCGAUGACCUGGCUAGCUAUGCCCAGGAGGAGGACACCAGUGUAGCUGAACCCAAAGAGUUCAAGCGCAUCAGCUUCCCACCAGCUGCACCUCAGAAGGAUGACAAGGUCCCAGCUGUGCCCACAGAAGCCCCUGACGUGGCCAAGGGCAUCCCCAAGCCUGCCACACCUGAAGAGAGGGCAGCAGCAGAGCAUGCACAGGAAGCCGAGCCCCCCAAGGCUGAAGAGAGUUUCAGGUCUCGAGAGGACGAGGAGGGCCAGGAAGGGCAGGAUGCCAUGUCCAGGGCCAAAUCUAACUGGCUGCGAGCUUUCAACAAGGUGCGGAUGCAGCUGCAGGAGGCCCGAGGGGAAGGAGAGAUGUCCAAGUCCCUAUGGUUCAAAGGCGGCCCAGGUGGCGGCCUCAUCAUCAUUGACAGUAUGCCAGACAUCCGGAAGCGGAAGCCCAUUCCCCUCGUGAGCGACCUGGCUAUGUCGCUGGUCCAGUCGCGGAAGGCGGGCAUCACCUCGGCCUUGGCCUCCAGCACGUUGAACAAUGAGGAGCUGAAAAACCAUGUUUACAAGAAGACCCUGCAAGCCUUAAUCUACCCCAUCUCCUGCACCACGCCGCACAACUUCGAGGUGUGGACGGCCACCACGCCCACCUACUGCUACGAAUGCGAGGGGCUGCUGUGGGGCAUCGCGCGGCAGGGCAUGCGCUGCACCGAGUGCGGCGUCAAGUGCCAUGAGAAGUGCCAGGACCUGCUCAACGCGGACUGCUUGGCAGGGGCGGCGGAGAAGAGCUCCAAGCAUGGCGCCGAAGACCGCACGCAGAACAUCAUCAUGGUGCUGAAGGACCGCAUGAAGAUCCGCGAGCGCAACAAGCCCGAGAUCUUCGAGCUGAUCCAGGAGAUCUUCGCCGUCACCAAGAGCGCCCACACACAGCAGAUGAAGGCUGUCAAGCAAAGCGUGCUGGACGGCACGUCCAAAUGGUCCGCCAAAAUCAGCAUCACGGUGGUCUGUGCCCAGGGCUUGCAGGCCAAGGACAAGACGGGAUCCAGUGAUCCCUACGUCACCGUCCAGGUUGGGAAGACCAAGAAAAGGACAAAGACUAUCUAUGGGAACCUGAACCCGGUGUGGGAAGAGAACUUCCACUUUGAGUGCCACAACUCCUCCGACCGCAUCAAAGUGCGCGUCUGGGACGAAGAUGACGAUAUCAAGUCUCGCGUGAAGCAGAGAUUUAAGAGGGAGUCUGACGACUUCCUGGGGCAGACCAUCAUCGAGGUGCGGACGCUCAGUGGCGAGAUGGACGUGUGGUACAAUCUGGACAAGAGGACAGACAAGUCCGCCGUGUCAGGGGCCAUUCGGCUUCACAUCAGUGUGGAGAUCAAAGGCGAGGAGAAGGUGGCGCCGUACCAUGUCCAGUACACCUGUCUGCAUGAGAACCUGUUCCACUUCGUGACAGAUGUGCAGAACAACGGUGUGGUGAAGAUCCCUGAUGCCAAAGGCGAUGACGCCUGGAAGGUUUACUAUGACGAAACAGCCCAGGAGAUCGUGGACGAGUUUGCCAUGCGCUAUGGCGUGGAGUCCAUCUACCAAGCCAUGACCCACUUUGCCUGCCUCUCCUCCAAGUACAUGUGCCCCGGGGUCCCUGCUGUCAUGAGCACGCUGCUGGCCAACAUCAACGCCUACUACGCCCACACCACCGCCUCCACCAACGUGUCUGCCUCUGACCGCUUCGCCGCCUCCAACUUCGGGAAAGAGCGCUUCGUGAAACUUCUGGACCAGCUACACAACUCCCUGAGGAUCGACCUGUCCAUGUACCGGAACAACUUCCCGGCCAGCAGCCCCGAGCGUCUGCAGGACCUCAAGUCCACGGUGGACCUCCUCACCAGCAUCACCUUCUUCCGAAUGAAGGUUCAGGAGCUGCAGAGCCCGCCCCGCGCCAGCCAGGUGGUGAAGGACUGUGUGAAGGCCUGCCUCAACUCCACCUACGAGUACAUCUUCAAUAACUGCCAUGAACUGUAUGGACGCGAGUACCAGACGGACCCGGCCAAGAAGGGGGAGGUCCCCCCCGAGGAGCAGGGCCCCAGCAUCAAGAACCUGGACUUCUGGUCCAAGCUGAUCACACUCAUCGUGUCCAUCAUCGAGGAGGACAAGAAUUCCUACACGCCGUGCCUGAACCAGUUUCCCCAGGAGCUGAAUGUGGGAAAGAUCAGUGCUGAGGUGAUGUGGAGCCUGUUUGCUCAAGACAUGAAGUACGCCAUGGAGGAGCAUGACAAACACCGGCUGUGCAAGAGCGCCGACUACAUGAACCUGCACUUCAAGGUCAAGUGGCUGUACAACGAGUACGUGGCCGAGCUGCCCGCCUUCAAGGACCGGGUGCCCGAGUACCCCGCGUGGUUCGAACCCUUCGUCAUCCAGUGGUUGGAUGAGAAUGAAGAGGUGUCCCGGGAUUUCCUGCAUGGCGCACUGGAGCGCGACAAGAAGGAUGGGUUCCAGCAGACGUCGGAGCACGCCCUGUUCUCCUGCUCCGUGGUGGACGUCUUCUCCCAGCUCAACCAGAGCUUCGAGAUCAUCAAAAAGCUGGAGUGUCCCGACCCCCAGAUCGUGGGCCACUACAUGCGGCGCUUCGCCAAGACCAUCAGCAAUGUGCUGCUGCAGUAUGCCGACAUCGUCUCCAAGGACUUUGCCUCCUACUGCUCCAAGGAGAAAGAGAAAGUGCCCUGCAUCCUCAUGAACAACACGCAGCAGCUCCGGGUGCAGCUGGAGAAGAUGUUUGAGGCGAUGGGCGGGAAGGAGCUGGACGCCGAGGCCAGCGGUACCCUGAAGGAGCUGCAGGUGAAACUCAACAACGUCCUGGAUGAGCUCAGCCACGUGUUCGCCACCAGCUUCCAGCCACACAUCGAGGAGUGUGUCAAACAGAUGGGUGACAUUCUGAGCCAGGUGAAGGGCACGGGCAACGUGCCUGCCAGCGCCUGCAGCAGCGUGGCCCAGGAUGCAGACAACGUGCUACAGCCCAUCAUGGACCUGCUGGACAGCAACCUCACCCUGUUCGCCAAAAUCUGCGAGAAGACGGUUCUGAAGCGCGUGCUGAAGGAGCUGUGGAAGCUGGUGAUGAACACCAUGGAGAAGACGAUCGUGCUGCCGCCGCUCACAGACCAGACGAUGAUUGGCACCCUCUUGAGAAAACAUGGCAAGGGCCUAGAAAAGGGCAGGGUGAAACUGCCAAGCCACUCAGACGGAACACAGAUGAUCUUCAAUGCCGCCAAGGAGCUGGGCCAGCUGUCCAAACUCAAGGAUCACAUGGUACGUGAAGAAGCCAAGAGCCUCACCCCGAAGCAGUGCGCCGUGGUCGAACUGGCCCUGGACACCAUCAAGCAAUACUUCCACGCGGGGGGCGUGGGCCUCAAGAAGACCUUCCUGGAGAAGAGUCCCGACCUCCAGUCCCUGCGCUACGCCUUGUCGCUCUACACACAGGCCACCGACCUGCUCAUCAAAACCUUCGUGCAGACGCAGUCCUCGCAGGUCCACGGUGGCAAGGGGACUAGGUUUACCCUUAGUGAAGACGUUUGUCCUGAGAUGGGCUCGGGGGUGGAAGACCCUGUAGGUGAAGUGUCCGUCCACGUGGAGCUCUUCACGCACCCGGGAACUGGGGAACAGAAAGUCACGGUGAAGGUGGUGGCUGCCAACGACCUCAAGUGGCAGACUUCUGGCAUCUUCCGUCCCUUCAUCGAGGUCAACAUUGUUGGACCUCAGCUCAGCGACAAGAAACGCAAGUUCGCCACCAAAUCCAAAAACAACAGCUGGGCACCCAAAUACAACGAGAGCUUCCAGUUCUCCCUGAGCGCGGACGCGGGCCCCGAGUGCUACGAGCUGCAGGUGUGCGUCAAGGACUACUGCUUCGCGCGCGAGGACCGGACGGUGGGGCUGGCGGUGCUGCAGCUGCGGGAGCUGGCGCAGCGCGGGAGCGCCGCGUGCUGGCUGCCGCUCGGCCGCCGCAUCCACAUGGACGACACGGGGCUCACGGUGCUGCGCAUCCUGUCGCAGCGCAGCAACGACGAGGUGGCCAAGGAGUUCGUGAAGCUCAAAUCGGACACGCGCUCGGCCGAGGAGGGCGGGGCCGCGCCCGCGCCCUAGCGCGAGUUAGGGUGGGGCGGGGCCUGGGAACCGACAAGGCCCCGCCCCGUAGGCCCCGCCCUCUCCAGAGGCCACGCCCCUCCACCUCAGUGGCCUUGGCUGGGGAGGCCCUGCCUCCUGCCCCUGGAAAAGCCAUAGAGGGUCCGGUGCCCAGGGCAUGGGCUGGCAGGGCUGCCUGGGAGGCCGGGACGCAGCCUCUGGUGUCUGUGCAGGAAACAGUGCGGAUGGGCUCUCAAAAGCACACGCGCCCUCCCUCGGGCGCACACCCGGGCCGAGGGCGCCCCUCCACGCGGACCCGGCCCUCAGCGCAGCACCCACUGGCAGCUGGAGAACCCCUGCUCGUGCCACGCACGGUGGGCUGAGCGCCGACGGAUGGCCCGGCCCCCAUCGCUGCUAAAUACCCUUCUCCCCAGUUCUUCCCCGAGGGCCCCCGGGCCGGGGUCCCCGGUGAACCCUCAGGCUGCCAAUCACGAUCCCUGUCCUCCCUCCUGGGACUUCAGUCCGAACCCGCCUAGAACCUAGAGUCCCGUCAAGAAGAGGGGUCCGGGGUUUCCCUGGAGCCAGGCGCCCCCACCCCCUUGUCCGUUCUCCAAAUCCAAGCAGGGAAGACCAGGAAGAGGCCAGAGACUAGGAGGUUGGAGGGAGAAGAUGACGUGCAUUUGAGUGUCCUGUGCUUGUGCAGAUGGACGAUCUGGGACAGGGCACUCAGAACCAAAGGGUGGGAUGCAGGCUCCGUCCAGGGACAGGGGAGCUCAGACUGCAUCCGUAGUGUGUUGUGGGGACUGGCAGUCCGGAUGGCACUGGAGCUGGGGGGCAGUGACUCACGCUUUAGACAUCAGACACGGCUAAGGGGGCGGGGUCUGGCCAGAGACCAGCCAUAGAAAGUUUCUAAAUUGCUGGCAAGAAUGUCAAUGGGGGUUUGUGUGACUGAAGGGAAAAUCAAUCUCUCUCUGUCUCUGUCUCUGUCUCUCUAUCUCUGUCUGUCUCUGUCUGUCUCUAUCUCUGUCUGUCUCUGUCUCUCUGUCUCUCUGUCUCUCUCUCUCUCUCUGUCUCUCUCUCUCUCUCUCUCUCUCUCGUGUGUGUGUGUGUGUGUGUGUGUGUGUGUGUGUGUGUGUGUUCUGGCCCCAGAAUGUUGAGGAAACCUCAUGGGAAUGUCGAGUGGAUUGUUCUGACACCCAGGCUAGGACUGUUUGAAAUUUCCUUUUCUUUACCCAGAGACCUACUCAUCUUUCAACACCGAUCACAAAAAUCCCCUCCCAUACAAAAGCAAAAGUUCAAGGACUUCCCAGCUUCUCUCCCCCUUCUCUGACUUGGCCCUGAUGUCACUGGGGUGUCACUGGGGUGUGUACCUGGCUUUGUGUCGCCUCAACUCCAGGCUGAGGCUUCAUGGGAACCCCAAGCUUCCCCAGCAGAAGAGAAGGAAAACCAUGCCGACUUGGAUUAUGUGUCGAGUGGCUGAGGGGUCUGCAUCUUUGUCUUUACAGUUCCCCCAUCCUGACAGGUCCCCCCCCCAACAUACAUAGCGGGUGUCCAGGCUGAGCCCCAGGACACAGUAGAUGGAGACAGAGCAGAGGGGCAGGCUGAUCUCAGGACCGUCCCUGACACAGCAAUGUCCAGCAAGGCAGUUUCCCCAGGGCUGGCGGUCUGCGUUCCCACCGCCUCCCUCUGCAGACCCAGGCUCCUGGAUCCUGCAUGAGAACCGGGUGCAGUUCCUGACUCCACAGGUCAGGGAGGAUUGGAGAAGGGCUAGCCUCACCUGCUGCAGGAAGUUUAUGAGGCUGUCCACAACCCCGCCCACAGGAGGGACAGGAGUAGGGGAGGCGGAGGCGGGGCGGGCGGAGCAGCUGAGAAGAUCUGGGGUCCAGGCUCAUCUAUGCCCUACUUAGAAUCCCUCAGUGACGUGGCGGGACAUGGUCAACACCUGCCAGUCAUGCACUGUUGUGGGUUCCAUCCCAACCCUGAAAAAUUAAAAAGGCCCUUCAGUCAGCUCACCCAGUCUGGAAGGAGGCAGCACUUGAGGGGGCGCCCUCUGCACCCCGGUCCCUCUCGGGCCCCAUCAGACAUGCAAAAAACAAUCAACCGCACCCAGAACUCCUUGGGACCUCUCUCAGCUGGGACCUCAGACCUAUUGGGUCCCAAGGGCGGCCUCGCUGGGGGUGGACCCAGGGGGUCCGGUCUGGCCCCGCCCACCCCCAGCAUCUUCCAGGACCAAAGCUGGCUCUAGGGACCCACCUUCCCUCCUCUUUGCCUUUUGUUUUAGAGUGAGUUGAGUUGACACUGAGGUGACAGGGAAGGUCCCCUGCACCCCAGAAAGCUCCUGACCCCGCCCUGUGCAGCCCAGGGAGCCCCCCCACUGGCCUUUCUUAGCAUGUGACUGCAAACGUGGAAUCCAAGCGUUGUUGUUUUUUUUUUCCUUUCCUGUUUUUUGGGAGGGUUUUUAAGGUCCACCCCGUUAGUCCAGCAUCUUCCAAGAAACCCUCAUUUCUCAGUCAAUCUGUAACUUGGGACAUGUGUUCAAACAAAACACCCGGGAGUGUUCAUGAGUGCAUGGUGUUGAGAUGCUCUGCACUAUUCUGACUUUUUGGUCUCUGUAAAAAGUAUUUUAUUAACAUUAAAAAAAAAGAAAGAAAA